UAAUAAUAAUAAUAAUAAUAAAGCCAGGCAUCGAAAAGAAAGAUAGAAGAAUAAGAGAGGGGUAUUCGAAGAAGAAACCAUGAAUCUCCUCUCCCUCUAAACUCUCUCUCAGAUUCGAUCCUCUCUUCUCUUCUUUCAAUUCCGCUCCCUCGCACGAAAAUGACAGGGUUUCCUCAACCUCGCCGCGAUCACGCUUCUUCUUCCUCCUCCUCCUCCUCGCACAAUUCCAACAGCAGUGGUAGCAAUGUAUUUAAUUUGCUUGCAAGGAGGGAGAUCUCGCCCCGAUCAAGAUAUGUGGCAAAAAGGCAUUGGGGAGAACCCGGAGAAGCUUCAAAAUCAAAGUCUAGUCCUUAUUCUCAUCCUAAAAAUGAAGUUGUGAGAGAUGCAAGACGUGGUCUCCUCUCAUGGGUUGAGGCUGAGUCAUUGCGGCAUUUGUCUGCUAAGUAUUGUCCUUUGUUGCCUCCUCCAAGGUCUACUAUUGCAGCAGCAUUUAGCCCAGAUGGGAAAGUUCUUGCCUCCACACACGGUGACCACACAGUAAAGAUAAUUGAUUGUGAAACUGGAAGUUGCUUAAAGGUAUUAGUUGGUCAUAGGAGAACACCUUGGGUGGUUAGAUUCCAUCCAUUGCAUCCACAUAUACUUGCUAGUGGGAGCUUGGAUCAAGAAGUUCGUUUAUGGGAUGCUAACACAUCAGAGUGCAUAAUAUCUCAUCAUUUCUACCGUCCCAUUGCAUCUAUUGCUUUUCAUGCCAAAGGUGAAAUAAUUGCUGUUGCAUCUGGCCACAAGUUGUACAUAUGGUUCCACAACAAGAAAGGUGAAGCAUCCUCACCAAUAUUUGUGUUGAAGACAAAGCGCUCCCUUCGUGCUGUGCAUUUUCACCCUCACGCUGCACCAUAUCUUUUAACUGCAGAGGUCAAUGAUCUUGAGUCUUCAGAUUCCUCAAUGACGGAGGCGACAUCUCUUGGUUAUUUACAAUAUCCUCCGCCUGCUGUUUUUGUCACAAAUAUUCAUCCUACAGAACAUAUUAGUUUGUCCAGCGAACUACCUUAUGUGUCAUUACCUUUCUAUGUUAUGCCGGCAUAUACUGUUGAUGAGUCAAGAGCAGAACUACAGCAUGCUAGUCAUGAUGUUGGCUCAGGUAGCAUGGAAAUUGAGUCUGCUGCCAUGGUACAGUUACAUGCAGACCCAAGUGCAGCAGAGCAUUAUGAGACUACCGUGUCUCCCAUGGAUACAUUCUCUGAGAUGCCCUCUAGCUCUCAAACUGGUGCAGAAUAUCCUGCUCAUACUGCUUUCUCUAAUGGAAUGGGAAUUGGCCUCAGUAAUCUCACAAUGGAUGGUAUGGAGACUGAUGAAACCAGACCUGCUGAAGGAAGCCAACAUGGGAACUUGACUAAUACCUAUUCUCUUAAUGGCAUGCUACACGGACUGUCGAGGCAAACUGCAAACCGUGGGGUUCUCUCGGAGUUUGGUCAAUUUCAUCAGUUUUUUCCUUCAAGAGACCCAAGUGGAUGGGAGAUUCCUUUUCUCCAUGGAUGGAUAAUGGGUCAAAGCCAAGUUGGUGUUCCUUCAAUGCUUCCUCACAUGGGUGCUAGUCGUGAUAAUCUAUCCCAACACAUUGGUUCUUCUUCCAUAAAGGCAUCUAAUCCUUCCACUUCUAAUGUUGAUGCAGCGAUGCCAUCUUCAGCAAUACCUGGCAGCAUCAGCAUACCGGGUUCUUCAAUGAGAUCAGGUUUACGGAAUCAUUUUUCACAGUCCCGUGUACCUGUAUCUGAAUCUGGCAAUCUUGCUGCUUCUAUUAAUGCCCCACAUGAUGGAUUCGAUAUCCAAACCAUCGUAAGUCGAAUUCAGUCAGAACUUGCCACAUCAGUGGCUGCAACAGCUGCAGAGUUGCCUUGUACUGUGAAGUUAAGAGUAUGGUCACAUGACAUAAAAAAUCCCUGUGCUCCACUUAAUGCUGAUAGAUGUCGUCUAACCAUACCACAUGCUGUCCUCUGCAGUGAAAUGGGUGCUCAUUUUUCACCAUGUGGUAGAUUUUUAGCUGCCUGUGUUGCAUGUGUGCUUCCUCAUAUAGAAGCAGAUCCAGGAUUACAAACUCCAGUACACCAAGAUCCUGGUGUUGCAACAUCACCAACCCGGCAUCCAAUUUCAGCACACCAAGUUAUGUAUGAGCUGCGGAUAUAUUCUCUCGAGGAGGCAACAUUUGGUUCGGUGCUUGCUUCACGAGCAAUUAGAGCAGCUCAUUGUCUGACUUCAAUUCAGUUCUCGCCUACAUCUGAGCACAUACUACUUGCGUAUGGUCGGCGCCAUGGUUCUCUUCUUAAAAGUAUUGUUAUCGAUGGAGAAACAACAUUGCCUAUAUAUACAGUGUUAGAGGUAUACAAAGUGUCAGAUAUGGAACUUGUUAGGGUGCUUCCUAGUGCAGAAGACGAGGUCAAUGUGGCAUGCUUUCAUCCUUUUGCUGGGGGAGGACUAGUUUAUGGAACAAAGGAAGGAAAGCUUAGGGUCCUCCAGUAUGACGGUGCUCAUGCAGUGAAUGGCACUGGACCAAGUUACUUUCCUGAGGAGACCAUCGUUGGUGUCAGUCAGUGAGCAAGGUUUAGACGAAUGAUUGGACAUGUAAUUCAAACAUCUGCUUCACAUUACUUACUGUACAACUCAUAUGGAUAAUUAUAGAGAGAGGUGGACCUCCCAAGCAGUUGAGCUUUCUCACCAUAAGUGAUUCUCUCACCUUGAUUUUUUAAUGAACAACACAACCAGUGAAGUUAUUGAAAAACCAAUUCAACUCAUUUAAAGCUCAACUCUUGGGAGCUGUCUCUGCUGAUGAUCUGCACAAACAUAAAUGCUGAGCCCAUGCAACCGAUGGUGGAACUUCACUCACUGCAAUAGCAAAAUGUAUAUUUUUGUAUUAUCCACGUAUGAAUAUGUACUAACAUUUUCCUUUGUUAACAUGUUUUCUUAUUUACCCCUCCCCCUCCAACCCAUAAGUGGGCUUCUCUUUCUACAUGUGUAACUUUUAGUGGUUAAAGAAAAUAUUUCUUUUCCUUUUUU